UCUCAAGUUUACGUAUAGAAAAUUUCAAUGAUAUAUUUAAUUACAUAUUAUAAAUGACAAAGUACUAGUUAGAGACAUCAGAAAUCUAUUUUUCCUUUAAUAUAUUUGUGUGUUUAGGUCAAUGAUAUUUUUUCUCUUACUCUGGAAUAUAUUAUUUCAAAAAUAUCAUGUCUAAUUUAUUUCGUUUGAGAUAUCUAAACGCUUAUAGGCAUCAAAUUCAUCAGAUGAGAUCAAUAAAAAUAAUAAGUCCAAAAGAAAACAGAAGAAAUUGAAUAAAAAUGAUUUAGGAACUGGUUCUUGUUUUCGUUAUUCGGCUGAUCUCCCCGUUAAGGGAAUUUUUACAACAAAAAUCUUUAAAGGUUGUAGACAUGAAAAAAUCUAUAGACUAGGAGUUAUUAGACCGUCUCUUAAAUAACAGAUAUAAGAGUUUUCUUUUAACCGAAAAAUGUAAAAAAAAAAUAUCGAAUCAUGAAUUAAAAAUUUCGGCUAAGAAACCGGGGUUAAUCAUGCAAUUCUACUUUAUUUCUGACUUUCCCAAUAUUCGUGGAUGUUCUUAUGAACCGUUAUAUUUUGAAUGAAAUACAUGAACAUGUUUGGCCGGAUAGAGUGUAUAUUCGAGGUUAUCAUAAGCUUGUGACUCAACCAGCAAUUGAUUUGGUAACGAAUAUAUAUAUACACUACACAAGUGUCCUUAUGUUUGGUUUUAAUUAAUUAACAAAACACUAAAAAUAACUAACUAUAGCGUUGUUAAUGUAUAGCGCUACUAAACUAUAAGAGCAGAACGAAUCUUCCUCGAAGUUUCAAGUGCUACUUCGUCAAUGCUCUCCCUUUAUAUAAUCCCCCAUCAACUACUCUUUCACAAACUCAUCUCCUGCUCUCUUCUCUCCUCUCACACACACAAAGAUCCCUUUCUUUUUCUUUUUUUAGAAAGACGAUAAAAUCUUUUGAGGUUUUUUAAAAUCUGAUAACACACACACACAAACCAAAAGUGAUCAAUGAAGAUGCAACACACCCAUUUUCAUGGGGCUAGUGUGUACAAUGGUUUAAAACCUCAUAAACUAACAUUCAAGAAAGCUGUGAAGAAAGUGAUGAGAGAUCGGUUAACUAAUCAGUUCAUGGUCGAGAUGGAGAACAGGCUCAGAAAAAUUGUUCGAGAGGAGCUUGAUCGUGUUAUUCAACCACAUCUCUCCUCGUCAUGGUCCCCGACCGAACGAUCACGUUCAGAAACGCCGUCCUCGCGUUCACGUUACAAGCUGCGAUUCAUCAACGCACCACCGUCUACGAUAUUCACGGGGGCCAAAAUCGAAGCUAGGGACCGUUCUCCCGUAGCGUUCGAGCUCGUGGAUACAGCCACGAACUAUCGAGUCGUGGCGGGACCGCUCUCGUCUUCUCAGGUCGAAAUAGUGCCGCUGAACGCUGACUUCACGGAGGAAAGCUGGACCGUUGACGUAUUCAAAGGGUAUAUUGAAAAGCAACGCGAAGGGAAACGUCCGUUACUCACCGGAGAUUUAACGGUGACGCUUAAAGACGGCGUCGGAGUGAUCACCGGAGUUGUUACUUUCUCGGAUAAUUCGAGCUGGACUAGGAGUAAGAAGUUCCGGUUAGGUGCUAAACUAACCGGUGGUGGUGCCGUGGAGGCGAGAAGUGAAGCCUUUAAAGUUAAAGACCAACGUGGAGAAUCUUAUAAAAAACAUCAUCCUCCGUACCCUGGCGACGAGGUUUGGAGGCUGGAGAAAUUAGCUGGCGUUUCAGCGAAGCGUUUGGCUGAACGGAAGAUUUUUACCGUUAAGGAUUUUCGUCGUUGGUAUACGGUAGAUCCAGAGGCGCUAUACAACCUACUUGGUGGAGGGAUCUCAAAGAGAACUUAUGAAGAAGUAAUUGUAUCCCAUGCGAUGGAAUGCGUUUUGGACGAAGCCGAGUGUUACAUCUACAACACAACCGCUCUUGGCGUGUCGCUUAUUUUUAACUCAGUCUAUGAAGUGAUCAAAGUGUACUUCAGUGACGGCACGUUUGGAAGCCCCGAUCAGCUACCAGCUUAUCAGCUGGACGAGCUGAAGCGUGAAGCGUAUCAAAACCUUAGCCAGUUUAGGUCCUUGCAAUGCACGCAGAAUCCUGGAGUGCAGCACAACAACUUUCAAGGAGUUUCAAUUCCAAUAGACUCUUUGAGCUCUUUUUACUUCACUGCUCCAACCUCCACGGUCCAACCAGAGAUGGUGAUGAAUUUUGAUAACUCACCAGCUACGACGUCGUUUCAUAUGGACGGAAAGUUCAUGCAAAGAAACAGCUUCAGGGCUGGUGAACACGAUCCGGUGUACAGUGAAUCACAAACUGUAGAGACAAGGGAUUGUAUCGAGAAUGACGGGAAUAUUUUUGCUUAUCAUCAACAUCAUGACUUUCCCUUGAACUGGUCGGCUGGUGCAGCGGAUGUGGAGCAACAAUUGAAAAGUUUUUGUGUUAGCGUGUCUGGCACGGAAGAAGCUGGAACGUACGAUGUUAACAUUAAUGUGGGAUCUCCAAGAGGCAGGUGGUGUAAGGUCAAGGCAGCCUUUAAAAUCCGAGAAGUCUGGAAACUCACAACUGCCAGAAAACGAGGGAAGGCUUGUAAGAACCCUUGUCUAAUGUAUUAGAUACAGAGGUUUCGAUUCUUAUACGGUGCAUGAAAGAUGUGUAUAUUGUAUAUGUGUGUGAGUUCUUAUUCUUUCCUUUUGAUAGAAUAUGGUUAGUUGAAUGGAUCCCGGCCAUUGACUGUUUCCAAUGGUUUAAUAAGUACUGGGGAUUAGUCUUUGUGUAUACCAUGUUUGAUAUGUACUUCUACAAAAUGUAUACAGUAUAUAUAUAUAACCAAAUCAGUUUCCAUAUUUUAUAAUUAAAGUAUUUGUUUAUCCCC